AUGGAUAGGAGUUGGAUGACAAUUAAAGAUUACUUGCAUCCUAGAUAUUUGGCAGGAGUGAAAGAAUUCGUUCAGUUCGCUUAUUUAGGCAAGGAUCCCACAUAUAAGCUCCCUUGUCCAUGUAAAGGGUGCAACAACUUUGAGGAUCAAACUAUGGAGGUCAUGAAAAGUCAUUUGUGUGGGGGAAUUGUUGAGAGCUAUACUAGGUGGGUAUAUCAUGGUGAAAGGUUUGAGGAUUCUGAUGAGGAUGAAGAUGAUAACAUAGUUUUAGAUGAAGAAAACAGUGAGUCAGAUGAUAUUCAAGAAAUGUUAAAUGACGUUGGUACUGCAAACUUUGGCGAGAAUUGGAGAAAUUCGGGGGAACAUAAUAGGGAUAUACCAAAUAAGCAAGAGGGGGAAGCAAGUAAGUUUCUUAGAUUAUUAUCUGAAGCUGAAAAAAGUCUCUACCCGGGUUGUGAUAAGUACUCAAAACUUUCCUUUGUUGUCCAUAUCCUUCAUUUGAAAACUAUGAAUCGGUGGACUUGCAAAUCCAUCGAUAUGCUGCUGAAAUUCCUCAUUCAAGUCUUCCCCAUGGCAUCAAUUCCUAGCUCAUACUAUGAUGCAAAAAAUUUAAUUCGUGAGCUAGGACUCAAGUGUGAAAAAAUACAUGCAUGUGAAAAUGAUUGUGCACUUUAUUGGAAAGAAAAUGAAAGCCUCGAUCACUGCCCAAAUGAAAAAUGUAAAGCACCUCGUUAUAAAUCCCCGGGUUCUAAAAUUCCUAGAAAAGUGCUUCGCUAUUUCCCCUUAAAGUCAAGGUUGCAAAGACUAUUCAUAAACAAGGAGAUAGCUCAAGAUAUGAGGUGGCAUAAAGAGAGACGCGUUCCCAAGGAAAACACAAUGACACACCCUGCUGACUCAAUAGCUUGGAAGGAGUUUGAUAACAGUCACCCAUCUUUUGCCGAAGAUUCUCGUAAUGUUAGGUUGGGGCUUUCAACUGAUGGUUUCAAUCCCUAUGGAAACAUGAAUAAUGCAUAUAGUAUAUGGCCUGUAAUCCUUGUUCCUUACAAUCUACCACCUUGGAAAUGCUUAAAGGACCCUUUUUUCCUGUUAUCAAUGAUUAUUCCAGGUCCUAAGUGCAUAGGAAAUGAUAUGGAUAUAUUUUUUAGGCCUCUAAUUGAUGAGUUGAAAGAGUUUUUUGACACUGGCUUUGAGACUUAUGAUGCAGCCGUGGGAGAAAAAUUUAUGUUACGGGCUGCUCUAUUGUGGACUAUAAGUGAUUUUCCAGCAUAUGCCUAUUUGUCAGGGUGGAGUACGAAAGGUUAUAAGGCCUGUCCUAUUUGUUUAGAUGAUACAACCAGUGUAUAUCUGAGAAAUGGAUUAAAAUGUUGCUAUAUGGGGCACCGGCGAUUUUUGCCAGCGGACCAUAAAUGGCGCAGAGAAAGAAAGUCAUUUAAUGGCAAGAGUGAUCUUAGACAGCCUGUUAGAACUUUAUCCGGUGAAGAAAUCUUUGAACAACUUCAAGAGUUUGAUCAAAUGGUGUUUGGUAAGGCACCUGAAUUGCUUAAAGAGAAGAAAAGAAAACGCAUGCAAAAUCAGUCAAAUUGGUUGAAGAAAAGCAUUUUUUUUGAGCUGCCAUAUUGGAGUACUAACAAAAUUAGACACAACUUGGACAUUAUGCAUAUCGUGAAGAAUGUGUGUGAAAUUUUGUUGGCUACAGUGAUGGGUACGGGACACAAAAAUAGGGACACUUGGCAAGCUAGAGAGGAUUUGAAGGAAAUGAGAUUGAGGGAAGAAUUGCAUCUUCAAACUCAAGGGGAUUCAAAGGUGAUGCCCGCUGCAUGCUACACUCUUUCACGCAGCGAAAAACAAAAACUAUGCCAGUUUUUGAGCUCACUCAAGUUCCCCGAUGGAUUUGCCUCAAACAUAUCUCAUUGUGUUAAGCCAAAAGAGUGCCAAAUUUCAGGGAUGAAGAGUCAUGAUUAUCAUGUAUUCUUGCAACGUCUACUUCCAUUAGCAAUUAGAGGCAUGCUGCCAAAGGAUGUUUCCCAAACUUUGGUAGAACUAAGCAAUUUUUUUAGGAAAAUUUGUUCCAGGACUCUUUAUGUAGAUGAGUUAGAUGCACAGGAGAAAAACAUUGUUGUAAUACUCUGCAAACUUGAAAAAAUUUUCCCUCCAAAUUUCUUCGAUGUAAUGGUCCAUUUAAUGGUCCAUUUACCUGCUGAAGCAAAACUUGCUGGCCCAGCACAAUACCGGUGGAUGUUCCCAUUUGAGAGAAAAAUGGGUCAAUACAAAGGUUAUGUGCACAACAGAGCUCGACCGGAAGGAUGCAUUGUUGAGCGUUACUUGGAUGAUGAAUGUCUAACAUUCAUUUCCAGGUACUUGCACAAUGUUCCUACAAUAUUUAAUGAACCAGAAAGAAACACCGAACGCUUUGAGGCUGCUGGAAAGUUGUCUAUUUUUUCUGGAAUGGCUCGGCCUUUUGGGGCAGCAACAUUUUGUUGCUUAAGUGAAUCAGAGUUGAUGAAAAUACAUUUAUUCAUCUUGAAAAAUUGUGAAGAAAUUGAUGAUUACAUAAGGAUGCACAAAGAAUUGCUUCAGCAGCAAAAUGUGUCGAAUGUAGAGCAGAUGCACGAUUUAGAGUUUCCAAAGUGGUUUGAAGAUCGUGUCACUUACAUGCAUACACAAGGCAGAUGCUGUGAUGAAUUGUUGUCUUUGGCCAAAGGACUGGAUUUUAGAGUGAUCAAAUAUCCUGGUUGUAAUGUCAAUGGGUUUAGAUUUCAUACCAAAACACGUGAGGUAGACAGAAAAACCCAGAAUAGUGGCAUUAUGGUGAAGGGUGAGCAUGCUGAUGUAGAAAUAAACUUCUAUGGUGCUAUUACAGAUAUCUUAGAGGUUGAAUACUCCUUCAGUCAAAGCCGAGUAGUUCUGUUCAAGUGUGAUUGGUGGGACUUGAAAAAUAGCUCAUGUCUUAAAAUAGACAAACAGAGUAAUCUAAGCAGCGUCAAUUUGUCAAAAAAAUGGUAUAUAGACCAGCCAUUUGUAUUCGCUUCCCAAGCCGAACAGGUCUUUUACGUAAAGUGUCGCGCCCCAUUUUUCGAUAAUGAAUUGUGA